AUGGCUGACCUGAGCUUCAUCGAAGAUUCCGUCGCCUUUCCCGAGAAGGAGGAGGAUGAGGAGGAGGACGACGAGGGUGUGGAGUGGGGCUACGAGGAAGGUGUUGAGUGGGGCUUGGUGUUUCCUGAUGCUAAUGGGGAAUACCAGUCUCCUAUUAACCUAAACUCAAGAGAAGCUAGAUAUGACCCCUCACUGCUGGAUGUCCGCCUCUCUCCAAAUUAUGUGGUCUGCCGAGACUGUGAAGUCACCAACGACGGACAUACCAUUCAGGUUAUCCUGAAAUCAAAAUCAGUUCUAUCGGGAGGACCAUUGCCUCAAGGACAUGAAUUUGAACUGUAUGAAGUUAGAUUUCAUUGGGGAAGAGAAAACCAGCGUGGUUCUGAGCACACGGUUAAUUUCAAAGCUUUUCCCAUGGAGCUCCAUUUGAUCCACUGGAACUCCACCCUGUUUGGCAGCAUUGACGAGGCUGUGGGGAAACCGCUGGGAAUCGCCAUCAUUGCUUUGUUUGUUCAGAUAGGAAAAGAACAUGUUGGCCUGAAGGCUGUGACUGAAAUCCUCCAGGAUAUUCAAUAUAAGGGGAAGUCCAAAACAAUACCAUGCUUUAAUCCUAACACUUUAUUACCAGAUCCACUGUUGCGGGAUUACUGGGUGUAUGAAGGCUCUCUUACUAUCCCACCUUGCAGUGAAGGUGUUACCUGGAUAUUAUUCAGAUACCCUUUAACUAUAUCCCAGCUACAGAUGUGGAGAGAAGACGGGUCUGGAAGAAAAGGGAUAAUGCUGAUUAUUUCUAUAGAAGAAUUUCGAAGACUGAGGACACAUGUUAAGGGGGCAGAACUUGUGGAAGGCUGUGAUGGGAUUUUGGGAGACAAUUUUCGACCCACUCAGCCACUUAGUGACAGAGUCAUUAGAGCUGCAUUUCAGUAGCCAAAGAGAACAGGAACAAGUCCGUCUUCAUCAGGGAGGAAGACAAUGGUCCUAUAGUGCCCUUGGAUGAAAAAUGGAGACUUCUGAGCUGUAGCUUCAGUUUAUCCUCAAGCCUGCGUUGUCUGUCUUCAUCUGACCCAGCUCUGAUGGACAUCUGUGACAGUUCCCUGUACCCAUGCUGUAAUGAAAUAUUAGAAAUGGCUGUGCAUUCAAAA